AUGUCAGCCGGCCCCCUAACCGAGUAUGCCGGCGUCACGGGCGUUGCCGACACCGGCGGCGAUUCGUUGACCGAGGACCUCAAUGCUUACUACUCGGCCGGCGAUUUUGCAUGGAUCCUGACAUCCUCGGCACUCGUGCUGCUCAUGGUCCCAGGCGUUGGCUUCUUUUACAGCGGCUUGGCACGACGGAAGUCUGCCCUAUCGCUGAUAUGGCUGUCCUUGAUGUCGAUAGCCGUUGUCGGCUUCCAGUGGUUCUUUUGGGGUUACUCGCUCACCUUCUCCCACACCGGCAGCGCUUACAUCGGGGACCUGACCAACUUCGGCCUGAUGAAGGUGCUGGGCCAGCCCAGCGUCGGCAGCACCAAGGUCCCCGACAUUCUAUUCUGCCUCUACCAGGGCAUGUUUGCCGCCAUCACUCCCGCCCUCGCCCUCGGCGCCGCCGCUGACCGAGGUCGUAUGCUCCCAUGUGUCGUCUUCAUGUUCAUCUGGGCAACCAUCGUCUACGACCCGAUCGCGUACUGGACGUGGAACGCCAACGGAUGGUCCUUCAAAAUGGGCGGCCUCGACUUUGCCGGCGGUACCCCCGUCCAUAUUAGCUCUGGCGCGGCCGCGCUUGCCUACUCGCUGAUGCUUGGCAAGCGCGCCGGCUACACCAAGGUUAACGGCCUGCCCUACAGGCCGCACAACGUCACCCACGUCGUGUUAGGUACCACUUUCCUCUGGGUCGGCUGGUUCGGCUUCAACGGCGGGAGUGCCCUCGCGGCCAACAUGCGCGCCGUCAUGGCGUGUAUCGUGACGCAUAUUUCCGCCUGCGUCGGCGGGUUUACAUGGUGCCUGAUGGACUACCGGCUCGAGAGGAAAUGGAGCGCGGUAGGCUUCUGCAGCGGCGCCAUCGCCGGUCUCGUCGCCAUCACCCCAGCCGCGGGUUUCGUCCCGCCCUGGUCGGCCGUCGUGUUCGGCGUUGUUGGCGGCAUUGCGUGCAAUUUCGCCACCAAGCUGAAGUUUGUCCUGGGCAUUGACGAGCCCCUCGAUAUCUUUGCCGAGCAUGGUGUGGGAGGUAUCGUCGGGAACCUUCUGACGGGUCUCUUUGCGGCUGAUUACAUUGCUCAUCUUGAUGGCUUCAGCUCGAUUCCCGGCGGUUGGGUCAACCAUAACUACGUCCAACUCGGCUAUCAGAUCGCCGACAGCGUCGCCGGGUUCUCCUACUCGUUUGUCCUGACCUGCGUCAUUCUGUUCCUCAUGAACCUCGUACCCAGUCUGUCGCUGCGCGUCAGCCCCGAAGAGGAGGAAAUUGGUCUCGACGAUGGCCAACUGGGCGAGUUCGCCUACGACUAUGUCGAGAUUACUCGCCACGUGGACGGUGCUUACACAGGCACGACUGGCAGCCCGAGCCAUAGCAUUAAGGGACAUGUUCCCGAGAAGACUAUUUGA